AUGGGAGCCCCGCUGGAGAAGGUCUACCGCUACUUCGGCCUUCCGGUUCGCGUGCGACAGGUCCUCGAUGUGCAGAGCAUCGGCGAGAUAGACCGAGGAUGCCUCUACUUCGUGCCCUGGCCCUCUUCCGAGUCCUCCUAUCAGGAGGACCUGAGCGUCAUCGCGAAGGAGCUGCCAUUGUCUAUCCGGGUGGAAGUGGCAGACUGGUACUUCAUCCUCCCAGGUGGUCGCAGCUGGCCCGAAUACCUGGAGACGCUGAAAGCAAGCCAUGCCAAGAAGAUUCGCAGGUACAGCAAGCAGCCCGAGAAAUGUGGCUACCGAGUCAGCCUGGAAGAUCCGAAGAACCUGGAGGCGGAUGCGCUGGAUCGGUGCUACGACCUGCUCUGUCAGACGAUGCUCAAGAAUGGCGAUUCCCAGUUCUACACAAAGGAGUCCUUUACGCAGCACUUCCGCUCGCUGCCUGUUCUCCUAGCUCGCAACAGCACGGGCAUCCUGGGCUUCUACAGUGGUGCAGUGAUGGGCCAUGAUCAUGACGCUGACCUCCGGAGCUACUCCGUGUAUCACAACCUUUUCAUAGAGCAUGUGAAGCACGGCUUUGAGCAAGGGGAGGAGAUGAUCGACCUGGGCAACGCUGGUGACGACUUCAAGCAUGAGCUGGGUGCGCAGGCCUUUCGGCUGGUCUUCAGCCUCCGGUCAGUUUGGAGCCUCCGUGGGGCCUUGGGCAUCACGCUCUGGGCGUCGAACAGCUGGCUCCAGGUCUUGCUACGCGCACGGGAGUGGCCUCUAUGGGCACAGGCCGCAGUCUUGCUACUGGUCGGAUUCUUGCUUUGGUGCCGCCUCUCCCGUUGGCUCGACACGUUCAAUGCCAUGAUGUGA